UUGAACAUCCCACACAUAUACUUUUCUCCGAGUAAGACAGAAGACCCCAACUCCCAACUGAGACGACUUUGCAGUUUCAGUCCCUCUGUUCUUUUCUGUUCCACUCUUCUCAUUUCAUCAUUCUCUCUAUAAAUUUGGUAGCCGACAAUUUGUCCAACCAAUCAAUCUUCUCUUUCAUCGCCGCCCCGGAAUUCUCUUCACUUCGCUUCUCCAUCUCCAGGAUUUUCGCCGGGAAAUCAAUUUUUUUUUACUGAGAUUCGAAAUUUUAGUUUAAACUCCUAAAAUUUGCUUAGGCUUUUUUGUUUUUGCGUGAAGAUUGAAUUUCACGGUUUUGCAAAGGUGCUUAGCUGAGCUGGGCUUUGUUUGCCGGAUUUUAUUGUGUGCUGAGCUUUGAGUUGAUUGUUUGCCGAGGGUUCUGGAAAAGUGGAAAUUAUUUGUUGGUCAGAGCUGGUGGUUGACUGGUAGAUGCUGAGAAAGCUAAACCCUAGAAAAGUUUGAUCAUCAAUGGCCAAAAGUUUCCCUUUUUAGCGAGCCGUGAAACAGGUGCGCCGCCAUGCCGGUCGAUGGCGAUAACUCCUCCGCCGUGAACGACUCCACCGGUUCCGGCGAAGCCAGCGUGUCUUCAUCCGGGAAUCAAGCGGCUCCUCCAAAAGCAACCAGCAAGAAAAAGCGAAACCUCCCCGGAAUGCCAGAUCCUGAUGCAGAGGUGAUUGCUUUAUCACCCAAGACUCUAUUAGCAACAAAUAGAUUUGUUUGUGAAAUCUGCAACAAGGGGUUUCAAAGAGACCAGAAUUUGCAGCUUCACAGAAGAGGUCACAAUCUGCCCUGGAAGCUUAGGCAGAGAUCAAGCAAUGAGGUGAAGAAGAAGGUUUAUGUUUGCCCCGAACCUACCUGCGUUCACCAUGACCCUUCUCGAGCUCUCGGCGAUUUGACCGGAAUCAAGAAGCACUUCUGCCGGAAGCACGGCGAGAAGAAGUGGAAGUGCGAUAAGUGCUCCAAGAAAUAUGCAGUCCAGUCUGAUUUGAAGGCCCAUUCUAAGAUUUGUGGCACCAAAGAGUAUAAAUGUGAUUGUGGGACUUUGUUCUCAAGGAAAGAUAGCUUUAUUACACACAGGGCAUUCUGUGAUGCUUUAGCAGUGGAGAGUGCUAAAGCUCAGACAGACAUGGCUGCUCCUAGUGCUGAUGAGGAACCUGUCCCUCCAUCGUCUUCCCCGCCGCCACAGCCGCCACCACAACCAGCCAUAGCCCCGCCACCUCCGCCACCAGUAAUUCCGCAGUCAACUCCUGCAGUACCCUCGGUUUUGACUGAUCAAAAGCCAGCGUUGCCUGAGAAUCCGGGCACAAAUCCUGCUGGAUCCACCCCCAAACAGGUAGUGGAAGAAACGACGGUGAUAACAAGCUUAACUGGGAGCUGUAGCUGCAGUAGCAGUUCGAGCAGCAAUGGAAGUAGUAGCAGCAGUGUAUUUGCGAGCUUAUUUGCAUCGGCAACAGCUUCGGGGACCGCUAGGUCUCAGGCGUCGGGAUUUGCUGACAUGUUUCAAUCCAUGGCUCCCGAGAAGGCACUUGAAAUAGCACCUCAGCCAUCGUCCAAAGAAACCAUAUCUCUCUGCCUUGCAAUGAACCACGGCUCGUCAAUCUUUGGCCCACCUGGUCAAGAUCGAAGGCAGUUUGCUCCAUCGCCCCAACCGGCCAUGUCCGCCACAGCAUUACUACAAAAGGCUGCUCAGAUGGGCGCAGCAGCAACAAACUCGUCGUUUCUGAGGGGGCUGGGAAUUGUUUCCUCAUCCUCACCUUCUAGCGGGCAGCAAGAAUGGAGCGGGAGACAAAUCGAGACCGAUGCAGGCCUGGGGCUCGGUCUGCCCUGCGAUGGGGGUUCGGGUUUGAAAGAACUGAUGUUGGGGACUCCCUCCGUAUUUGGUCCCAAACAUCCAACUCUCGACCUUCUGGGAUUAGGAAUGGCUGCCGGUGGAGGCCCUUCACCGGGGCUUUCUGCUCUAAUGACGUCCAUGGGUGGGAACAUUGAUGUGGCUGCUGCAGCAGGAUCAUUCGGGACCACAGAUUUCUCCGGCAAGGACAUAGGCAGAAGCUCGUGAGGUUGAACAACAUUCCUCGUCGAGGAUCAAACUUUUGCAGCACUUAAAUCCCAGAAGACAGAAAUGCCAUAAAUGGAUCUAGCGAGGUACUAAUGAGUAAUGACUCUUUUGCUUUCCUUACAUGCUAUGGCCUCCUCUGCAAGGAAGAAAUCCUAAUCUUUCCACUGUAAUAUACCCAAAACAAAGAAAAAACCAAAAUGCAGGUGUUAUUUGGUUAGAAUGUAAUUAUUAAUAAAUUAGAUUGAGUGGAAAAUUAGCAUCAACAUUGUAGUUUGGUUAUUGGGCGACUCUCCACAAUUGUUGUAUCUGAACAGCUCCAUAAUUACUCCCCCCCUCAUUCUUUGCCA